UCCCAGUGGCUUUUUUCAAUCUGCUUUUGCAUAACAUUACCAAAAUCUGCUUUUGCAUGUGACGUAUUGAAAUGCUUCUUCCCCUUGCUCACCUUUCCACCACCUCACUACUACUCCUGCCAAACAAGACUCUACCGGACCAAUCGCUUCUCAAAACCCAAAUCUUCCCCAAUCCUAAACCCAUCAACUUCCUUGUCCGGAGCUCCACCACCGAUGCCCAAACCCAAGCUCUACUGCCCAAGUCCGCCAUCCAACGAAUUGCCGAAAAGCUCCGAAACCUCGGUUUCACGGACGAAAAUGUCGAUCCGAAACCCGUAUCCGAACCCUCUCGGAGCUCCUCCUCCACCUCCGCCGGGGAAAUAUUCGUUCCGUUGCCGGAGCGGUUGGCCAAGAGUAGGGUCGGCCACACUAUUGAUUCCAGCUGGAGCACGCCGGAGAACCCGGUUCCGGAGCCCGGCACGGGCUCUGCAAUUGCGAGGUUUCACGAACUGAGAAACGAGGUGAAGAAGCAGAAGAAAGAAUCGGCUGUGAACAAGAAGAAGGAGAGUGUGCCGACGCUGGCCGAGCUCAGCUUGCCGAAGGAGGAGCUGAGGAGGCUAACUACCUUGGGGAUUGCGUUGAGGAAGAAACUGAAAAUCGGGAAAGCCGGGAUUACGGAAGGGAUCGUGAAUGGAAUCCACGAGCGGUGGAGACGAUCGGAGGUCGUCAGGAUAGUCUGCGAUGAUUUGAGUAAGCUGAACAUGAAGAGGACACAUGACUUGUUAGAGAGAAAAACCGGAGGUCUAGUUGUUUGGAGGGCUGGAAGUAAGAUAGUAUUGUAUAGAGGGAUCAACUAUAAGUACCCUUAUUUUCUGCGUGAUACAAUUUCGACAAAUGACACUUCCGCCAAUGCAUUAUUGGAUCAAGAUGAUGAAGAUGGAGAACAUGAGACCUGCUCUUAUAGCAUAAAUGGAGUGAAAUCUGCUACCCCAGUUCCAACUAGUGAAAAAACUCAGCCAGCCUUAAUACAGGGGGUUGGUUUGUCAAAUAGAGUACGAUUUCAACUGCCAGGUGAGGCACAACUUGCAGAAGAAGCUGACCGCUUGUUAGAUGGAUUGGGCCCACGUUUUACUGAUUGGUGGGGACAUGAUCCUCUGCCUAUUGAUGCUGACCUUCUACCUGCGGUCGUUCCCGGGUACAGGAGACCGUUCCGCCUUCUACCUUAUGGUGUGAAGCCUAAACUAACAGAUGAUGAAAUGACUACAUUAAGAAGACUUGCCCGGCCCUUACCAUGCCAUUUUGCAUUGGGAAGAAAUAGGAAUCUUCAAGGAUUGGCUUCUUCCAUUGUCAAGCUCUGGGAAAAAUGCGAGAUUGCCAAGAUUGCUAUAAAGAGAGGGGUACAGAACACCAAUAGCGAGAUGAUGGCUGAAGAGUUGAAGUGCCUGACUGGAGGAACUCUGCUUGCUCGGGAUAGGGAAUUUAUCGUCUUAUACAGAGGAAAGGAUUUUCUACCACCGGCAGUUUCGUCUGCAAUAGAAGAGCGGAGGAAAUAUCGAAUGCAUAUGGAGAAACAGAGGACAGAGACUAAUGCAUCAACUGCAACUACAGAAGAGCUUAAACUUGAGACUGUUGAACAUGGUACAGAACAUGAAUCUAGAGGGAUCAAUGAACACAAGACAGGUCUCCUUUCUGGGCAAAAAAAGCUAAGACCCACCGAGAAAUUUAUCAAAAGGACUAGCAUCAAACUGUCUAUGGCCAUAGAAAAAAGAGAGAAGGCAGAGAAACUUCUAGCAGAGCUGGAGAAAGCAGAGAUCCAACAACAACCUGACAUAGAUAAAGAGGGUAUAACAGAAGAAGAAAGAUAUAUGUUGAGGAAGAUUGGCUUGAGAAUGAAGCCUUUCCUAUUAUUGGGUAGACGAGGUGUUUUUGAUGGAACAGUUGAAAACAUGCAUCUUCACUGGAAAUAUAGGGAACUCAUAAAGAUUAUAACUAAUGGAAAAACCAUUGAAGAUGUUCACCAAGUAGCACGAACCCUAGAGGCAGAAAGUGGUGGAAUAUUGGUGGCUGUGGAGAGGGUAAAUAAAGGUUAUGCAAUUAUCAUAUAUCGUGGAAAGAAUUAUAAACGGCCUGCUUCUUUAAGGCCUCAGACUCUUUUGAAUAAAAGACAAGCAAUGAAGCGCUUUAUCGAGGCACAGCGACGUGAGUCCCUGAAACUACAUGUUUUGAGGCUUAAUAAAAAUAUAGACGACUUAAAGCUUCAGCUGGUUAAAGACAAGGAUGCAAAAGAAAUACAGUCAAUUAAUGAAUCGAGUAAAUUGGUCAGAGAGGAUAUUAAAGGUGUGCAAUCAUCUGAGGAUUUGAGUCCAAAUCCUGAACUCAAGUCAGGAUCUCUCUCUCAUCUUGGAAAACCAGCUUGCAAUGAAGAGAUUUUUCAGGCUAGGGAUGAAAAUAGAGCGCAUUAUAUUCCCAUAAACCUGAAAGAUGGCAUGGGUACUUCCAUCAAAGCUCGGCUAGCGGCUCAGCAGGAUAAACUAAUUGAUAGCUCUCAGUCAUGUGAUGGGAAUGAGACUGGUACACUUGAACCAAGAUCAUCAUAUGAAUCAAAUGGUAGUCAAAGCGACUUAAAGGAUAUAAAUUGUGCUGUUAAAGCUGUUGUUAGGCAUUGUGUUUCUAAUAAUGAGACAAUGGAGUCUUCAAGUAAAUCAAACAAAAAUGACUCUGAACAAUCAGUUCCAUCACUGGUAGAGAAUGGAUUGAGCAUGUCCUCCAGAGCUACACGGCUUUCCAAUAAGGAAAGACUUCUUCUACGGAGGCAGGCCCUAAAGAUGAAAAAACGUCCUGUGCUUGCUGUAGGGAAGAGCAACAUUGUAACUGGUGUUGCAAAAGCAAUAAAGGCACACUUUGAGAAACACCCUUUAGCUAUCGUAAAUGUGAAAGGUAGAGCGAAAGGAACCUCAGUCCAAGAGGUGGUCUUCAAGCUGGAGCAAGCAACGGGUGCAGUUCUAGUCUCUCAAGAGCCUAGCAAAGUUAUACUUUACAGAGGUUGGGGAGCAGAAGAUACUUCAGAAUGCACUAAGAAGAAUCUUGGUGACGCAGGGAAAAAGGUUGAUACUCAGCCCGUCAUCUCUCCUGAACUCCUUGCUGCUAUCAAGCUUGAAUGUGGUUUGCAGUCUCAAGAAACAGAUGCAUCCCCAUAGCCCAUUGGUAGGAGAUAUGAAGUUGUGGCAAAGUGGUUUUCUGUUUUGGCUUGAACCAGCCUAUACUCAAUUGUCCAUACAAGUCUACAAGCCAUCUGCCAAGCUUAGCAGCAAUUAAAGCAGACAAUCAUGUAUCUGGAUGACAUGCUAGUCCGAGUUACCUGCUUUUAGUGAGAAAUUCAAUGUGGCGACAGAACAAUCAUGGUGACUUUUUCCAAAACUCGACAAUUGGUUAUCUAUUGGUCCGAUUUGUUGAAAGCCGAUUGUUUGGUUCAAGAAGGGUAAAAGAAUGAAUGCGCUGUGUUCGAUGUUGUGACAUUUAAACUUCAAAGUGCUGGAUUUGGGUUGCAUCCAAUUAUUUGUAUUGUAAAGUAAACACUAGGUUGUACAUGUAUAUUAGAUUAUUAUAAACAUGAAAAGAAAAUAACGUAAAAUGAUUCAUUCC